CGGACGAAGAGGUAACACUUACUUUCUACUCGGACUAAUCAGCUGAGAAGUCUUAUGGCAAUGUCACUGAAAGGCGUGCCGAGUAAGUACAUCACCUUAUUGAAGGCUCUCUACUCGAACACUUGUGGACGUGUUAGAGCCUAUGUAAGAUGUCCAGGGAACCAUGCUCAUCGAGUGGUAUCCGUCAAGGGUACCCACUCUCUCCAUUCCUAUUCAAUUUCAUCACAGAUAUUCUCAUAGAGGCCUCCCUCUCGUCACCUUAUGACACAGACGUUGAACUAAUCCCUGGAGAAUUUUCGAUAGACCUAGAAUGCGCAGAUGAUAUAGUCCUGUUAGGUGAAGACGCUGACAAGAGUCUUUUGAAAACCCUGAGUGGAAAUUUGAGAGAGUUUGGGAUGCGUUUCUCAUCACCUAAAUGCAAAUUGUUGUUCCAGGACCGGUCUUCAACAGUGCCACGGCUAACAACAGAGUGUAGUGGUUGAGUGGGUUGACCACUCCACUCACCUAGGAAGUCGGAUCACCUCUGGUGGCUCAGUGGCCGAUGAAAUCUCUACAUGAAUACAAAAGGCUCGGCUGGCUUUUGCCUACUUACGCCACCUACGGCGCCGCCG